GGGACUCAGCAAUUGAUACCCUUACAUCGAUUCCGUGACAUUGGUAAUAAUAAAUAAAGCUAUAUUCUCCUCAAAUCUUAUCUUUCGAUAUUUUAAAGUCCUCAACUAAUUAAGACGAUUUUUCUCCUCUUUGGUGAAUCACUUUGUGACAUAUUCUAUAAAGGGUUGACAGAAAACUUCCUACUACAUUCAUGUAGCAAUGAAAACGUUUGUACAUAGCUUAAGAAGACAAAUUUUGGCAGAGAGAAAAUUAGGCGAUUUUUGUCUUAAUACGCCAAAUUAGUUCCACGCAAAAUUUAUAAUAUAUAUACGUCGAAAUUCCUCCUCAGAAGGUAAAUAAAAAUGCAGAGGACUCUUUCUCUCUCCUGAUCUCUUGUUUGCUUGUAAAAAUGAGAUUUUUUCUUUGUAAUAAAUAUACUCAUCAACCUUCGAUAAUAGAGGAGCUGAAUUAAAUUUGAUGUUAGGAGGGACGGUAAUCGUGGUGAACGAGAUUUGAAUAGAUCGUUAUAGCUGUGUGUUGAAUCGUCCCUGUUGUGAAAAACGUGGGUAUCAGGUCGCAAUGCUCACAUAUGUCGUUACAAAAGCGUACUCCCUAGGCAUUUUAUGAAAGUAUGCCAACCUUUUUCUACAUAAAUUUAACAAGAAAAGUUUUACUAAGAUAUUUACUAAAAAGAGGCGGUUCUAAGAUGGUAUCGUUUAUGCACAUCGUUCGAUAUUCUCCUGAUCCUGUCAUUAUUAUGUAUUUGUUUGCCGCCAUGUUGGAAUUACCUCUUGUUCAGCAGUAUGUGUAUAGUCGCUAUAGCGACGAUCAAGGUUUUACGUAUGAUUAUCAACGUCGUUCGACUUCGUGUGAUCCAGGGAAAAUGAAUGCUACGGAAAAGAAUUUGCAACAACAGGUUCAGAAGUUAUCAGCAAGAUUUAACAUUGCUCAUAGUUUUUGUCAAACUGUCCCAAGUGUGGUCGCCAUGAUGUUUUAUGGGGUGCUUUCUGACAAAAUCGGUCGGCGCAGCAUAAUGAUAAUAUCGGCUGCCGGAGCUUUUAUUGAUGGGUUGCUGGUUCUGUUAACCAUGGUCCUAGAGUUGCCGGUCUAUGUUUUAUACAUUGGUGGAUUUUUUAACGGAUUGGCUGGUUCUUUUACAGGCGCCUUUAUGAUUGCAUUCGCUUAUAUUGCUGACAUAACCGAGAAGGAGAAACUACCAGGACGAUUAGCUAUCUUGGAAGCUGCGAACUUUUUUGGUCUGUUUAUCAGCAGCUACGUUAGUGGGCCGUUCAUUCAAAAAUACUCGUUUAUUCCACCACAAAUUCUGGUGGCCACUUGCUAUUUUGGUUCGUUGUUAUACGUCAUCGUUGUUUUGAAGGAAUCCUUAAAUUAUAAAACAAUGCUGGCGGAAGAAGAUAAAACUGCUAGUCUGAAUUUCCGGGAGUUGCGUAGGCAACCGAAAAUUUUAUGGGACGUUAUGACGAGACAACGCCCUCGACGUUGGAUCGUGUUUUUGGGCAUGGGAAUCCUUAUUUUAGGGUUCUGUUUCACAAUCGGCGUUGUUCAAGUUAUUAACCUGUAUUUUUUAAACCGGCCGUUUUGUUGGCCCGCUCUCGACAUUGGUAAUUUUCUUGGUACACAGAUGCUUCUACUUGGAAUUGGAACCAUCAUAGGUGUAAAAGUUGGUUUGAGGUUUUUACCAGAUCUUUUAGUAGCUGCUUUAUCAAUCCUUGCUUCGAUCGUGGGAUUUAUUAUGUUGGCAUCAGCACGAAAUAAAACUUUGGCUUACGGAUCGGUGGCAGUACGAGCGUUCGGUGCUCUCCAAACUCCUAUAUUUCGCUCAUAUAUAUCAAGAACAGUUGAAGCCUCGGAACAAGGAGCUGUCUUUUCUGCUUUGUCAUCAGUCGAGAUGAUUUUUGUAUUCAUUGGCAACUUCAUUUAUAAUGCUGCAUACACGAAGUUAAACUCGACUGGUAAAGCAGACAAGUUCUUCUACGUUCCAGCCACGCUAUUGUUGAUACCCUUAACACUAGUCAUCAUAUUUUGGAUUCGUUUAAGAAAAGAAUCCAAACAGCUUCUUGUUGAAGACUGGAAGAAAAUAAACGAGGCUUCAAAUGAUGACGUAACAUCUUAAAUGAACAUGUUUUAAACGCAUGCGCAGUUUGAGAAGUAUGCGCUUUUUUGUCGAAGAUGUGUUUUUAUGCAUGAAACUGCGAAAGAUAUUACUGUACUAAAAAUAUAGUAUAUUUGGAUAAUCAAAAGUAUUUUUUUUACGACAUUUUAAUUGUCUUAUUAGUUGAUUUUAGUAUAACGGUCUUAUUUUUAAUAUGCGCCCUUCUUUGGAACACAUGCAUAAAAUAUGCAUAUAAAUAAAAAGACGGGCGCAAGUUUAAAAUUACAAAUUGUAAAUAUUUCUUUUAUCUAAAAUACACUUUUACAUACAUAUUUUAAUUAGAAAAUAAAAUUGUACCUACCUGAAAUUUGUAUCAUACUCUGAUUUAAACGAAAUAAAUCUUUUUAAGCUUAACAA